GCUAGACACUUUCCACCGAAAAGAAGUCAAACUAGGGAACCAUCAUGAACAAGGUGGAGAAUUUUACCUUGACCGAUCUAGGACUCAUCAUACCUUUCUCCAACAAUGACAACCUUUUGGAUCAACAACCACAGCUCCAAACCCUGCAGAACUUUAGUCAUUCUGAGAAUCACCCAAAUCCUAUUCCACUGAUUUCUUCAUCAGCCUCUGCCUAUAGUGCCAAAUAUGAUCAUUCUUCUCCUGCAAAUUCUGCAACUGAUUGCGAUGAAAAGAAUAAGAAUCUGGUUGGCAACAAAAGGAAGAGAAACUUUGACAGACUCAAAGAGAAAGGAAAUGAAGUAAUUCAUGUAAGGGCAAAAAGAGGCCAAGCAACUGAUAGCCACAGUUUAGCAGAAAGGGUGAGAAGAGAAAAAAUCAAUGAGAAGAUGAGAUAUUUGCAGGAGUUGGUUCCAGGGUGCUAUAAGUCAAUGGGAAUGGCAGUAAUGUUAGAUGUGAUAAUAGACUAUGUUCAAUCACUACAGCAGCAAAUUGAGUUUCUAUCUAUGAAGCUUUCAGCAGCAAGCAUGUAUUUUGAUUUCAGCACUGCAGAGAUGGAUGCUACUGAAAUCAUGCAGAGGAGUGCUAGCACACAUGAAAUACAAGAGAUGGAAAGGGUAGCAGGAGAAGGUUUUGGUGGGAUCAGCUAUUCCAACCCAACAUGGCCACUGUAUUGACAAGUCUAUUUCUGUUGCCCAU